CUGGGGUUAGGAAUCAAAAUAAGGAACCUCUGCAAUUCAAGCCAAAACAUUCAAGAGGAAAAUGGAUUCACAAAUUUAACAUGGGAAUUAUUGACUGUACUGGAUUCUGAAGAAUUCAAACAAUACGCUUUAGUUAUUCUUUAAUUUCACACAGUCAGCAUCUAUCAACAGUUUCUCAAUUUUUUUAUUCAGAGAGUAUGUCUGGCAAGAAAUCUCUACAGUAUGACGUACUGGAAUUUCUAUCUCUUGACCGACGAGCUUCAAAAGACAGAACUGCAGAAGAUCCGAGCAAUUUGGACAUGGAUAAUCAACAAUAUCGCCUAUGACACUGAACAGAGUCCCAGGGAUCCUGAAGAAGUGUUUCGAAGAAGAAAAGCAAAGUGUGUUGGCCAGGCUAACCUUUUCAAGGAAAUGUGCAGGUUUGCAGGGAUUGAGUGUGUCGUCAUUUCUGGACAAAGACACAGAUGGAAUGCAGUUUGCAUUGAAGACAGAUGGCACCUUUUAGAUGUUACAUGGAUUAAAGAGGAAUAUUUCUUGACACAUCCUGAAAUUUUUCAAAAGGAUCACACACCACAUGAAGAGAAGUGGAAUCUACUGAAUGGAAACUUAAAAUCUAAUCUAAUAAGCAAUGAAAUUUGCCUGAUUUUAUGA